GUCACAGUCUAAAUUAAUUAUCGUCACCGGCGCUGCGGCUACAGCAAAUUCGCAGCAAUCGUUCCACUCGACCGUCACCAUCUCCUCUGGCUGAGGACAGCCUGCACGUAUGGACAGAGAGAGGUCUUGUCUAUUGUGCUGUCAGACAUGCGUAGGAAAUGGUGUGGGCAACGAGCACGACAAAUCAAACCCCUUUGGCCUCGAUAAUCUGCUAUCUGCGGGAACUAUCAGUGUAGAUGUUCAAGACAGUCAUCUGCACUGCGCUCAUAUACACGCAAGUGACACCUGGCAUCCAAUACCAACACGCCAGCUGUCUGUUUAUGCAGAGGAUGAUGUAUUCUGCAAGAUCUCUUUCCUGACUGAACAUCAAUUCCUGCGCGCUACCUGUUGCCUUGGAACGAAUCAACGCGUGUUAUAUAUCCGCAUAUAUCUCGUACCCACCGAUUUGCCAAUUGUGCGAGCGAGCCUACGACAUCGCAGUGAAGCUGUCUUGAAAGAGGGUCACCGCCACCUGCAGUCGUUACUACCCUCGAUUGUGCAGGACCAGCGUUCCUGGAAUGCAGAUGAACUCCCCCCAAUCAGUCAACCUCAAACUUAUUUCUUGCCAAGGGAUAUUGAUAAUCGCACGAUGGCGGAGAUCUAUAGCGACCUACCAUCAUUGGUCUCAUCAAGGUUUGAUGUAGGACAAGAAAUCAGGGGCCUUCGCAGUGAUUUGUAUGAGUACCAGAGACAGUCCGUGGCCGUGAUGAUCGAGAAGGAGCUGAGCAAGCAGCCUGUUCAAGACCCCUUAUACAUUCCAAUCUCAAGCAUAGAUGGCGAACGCUUUUACUUCCAGCCUCCAACCCUUACCGUUUCGCGUGAAUGUCCAACAGUUGCUCGUUGUAAGGGCGGGAUUUUAUGCGAAGAACUAGGCACGGGAAAGACGGUGAUGAUCUUGGGCUUGAUCCUUGCGACUGUCGAUCAACUAUCUCAGCCAGAAGAAUCUCUAUUGGACUACCGCCCUGUUAUGUCUCCUUUGGCCUAUCGCACCUUCCCCGCAGAUGAGUACCGAAAUGCUCGAAAAAGGGCUGGCGUGCAUAAAAGUUUAGCAUCUGAUGCGACACGCGUUCCAUCUCUUGUUGAACUUCUUCUUCACCGCAUAAGGACGUGGGGUGACAUGGUGGACAUUCGAUCACACGAAGAACAACUGGAGGCAUCCAACCUCUCGCAGCUCCUUCAAGCCAACACGCCAUUUUAUCACCACUACCCUGUCAAAUCACCCAUGUAUGCUCUUGGCCCUUCUCGCACAAGAGAUCGAAUCUCGGAAUAUCCCCGAGUGAUGCACCUUACGACAGCAACACUCGUUGUUGUGCCCAUCAAUCUGCUUGGACAGUGGGAUAGGGAAAUCUUGAAACAUUGUCAAAGCACGUUGAGAUAUCUUGUCGUCCGAAACACAACGCAAAUACCAAGUGCGAGGGUGUUAGCGUCUGAUUAUGAUCUGAUCCUUAUGACGGACAGUCGUUUUCGCAGAGAGUCGGUGAAGAACAAAGUUGCUCAGUUGCACAAACUCAAGCCCUGCACUUGCACUCCAUUUCCUGGCAGCCGCGUACCAAACUGUCGUUGUCCCAGCGACCCUGCUGUGUCGCCUCUCCUUCAAAUUCGCUGGAAGAGGCUGGUGAUCGAUGAAGGCCAUACCUCAGGGAACAUGGCCGCCACAUUAAAUUACUUCGUUCGCCAGUUAAGCAUCGAACGCAAAUGGAUUGUGACUGGAACGCCGACGUCGAAUAUAUUAGGGCUGAGCUUGGGGCGUAAGCAGGAUGACGACACAGAAAAUGACAUCGGGGUUGACAGUUCCUACUUGUUACCUAUACCUGCUACGAUGGAUUGCUCUGCGUCUGAUACCUCUUCGAUUUCGGAUGGCGGCACGGAGAACUUAGCCAGGGUAUGGGGGACGUAUGACUACGUCAACUUGCGAAAACUCGGGACAAUGAUCAGCGACUUCCUCGCAGUUCCCCAGUUCCAUUCUGAUCUCAAACUGUUCGGUAGCUACGUAUCUGCACCCCUUUGCGAUCGUCGUGGGCCUCGUGUAGGCGCAGUCAAAGUACUGAGUCAGGUCAUGGAGAUGGUCAUGGUUCGUCACAGGAUUGAGGAUAUCGAGGAGGAAGUCGUUCUACCACCCAUGCGGCAUGCACCCAUUUACAUGGAUCUUGAUGCCUACGCUGCGAAGUCUUACAAUGCAAUGCAAGCCAGUAUUGCGAUUAACGCCAUUGACUCUCAACGCGAAGAUCAGGAUUACAUAUUCCACCCCAGGAAUGCAAAAAAUCUUCAGAAUGCCAUGGACAACUUGUCACAAGGGAUGUUCUGGUCGGCGUCCGACAUCUUGUUUAACGUUGAUCAAAUACGUCACGAGGCUCCCCAAUUUCUGGCUCGUGCUAUCGCGGCCGAAGUACCUGAUCAUGACAUGGCGCUAUUGGAACAAGCACUAGCACAUGCAGAGGCAGCAGCGAAAGAUCCUUUGUGGCGUGCCAUGCAACUACAUGAAGAUGUCCCUUUCCGCGUUACGGGGAUGGAAGCAGCUGUAUUCGAAGCUUGGACACGGGGAAAGUUGAAGGACAGAUCUCGUACUCACGAUCUCAUGCAUGCGAACCGGCUAUGUGAUCUACGAGCUCUCAUUCGCAGCCGACCGUUGAUGAAUCUCGAUCGAUUGGUUGAGGAAGGCAAGUCAUUAGACAUGAGUGAACGAGCACGAUGCGUGAAGAAAUCUACACAAUUGCAUGAUGUUACGAACGCUGCGCAGAUGAAGAAGAUGGUAUCAGAGGUUGAAGACGAGUUGGAGGUCAUAAAGGAGAAAGACAAAGUAUAUCAAGCAGAGGAGGUACCUGAAGUAGACAUUGACGACUUCGUUCGCCGCAAGUUGAGGCAUCACAUUGCGCCUUCGCAAUCCCAUUUACUCAGCUCGUCGCCGUUGUCAGGAACAUGUGUCGGACCAUCUCUAUCCACCAAGCUGAACUUCAUCUUAUCCGAGGUCCUGCAGCAUUCAGAGAAGGAAAAAUACCUAAUAUUCUCUAAUUCGCCACUCACUCUUGCCCAUAUCGCAGAGGCACUUUCUUUGGUCGAGAUCAAGUACCUCCGAUAUACAACUGAUGUAUCUCUGCCACUGCGAGAGCAAUGCGUCAUGACUUUUGAGUCAUCUGAUACGUUCCGUGUUUUCUUGAUGGAGUUGAAGCUCGGCGCUCGUGGUUUGAACUUGAUCUCUGCUUCCCGAGUUAUCUUCUGUGAGCCUGUCUGGCACCCAGAUGUCGAGGCACAGGCCAUAAAGCGAGCGCACCGUAUCGGACAGACAAAACCAAUUACUGUGAAGACUCUCGUGAUCCGACACACUGCAGAAGAGGCAAUGGUCUCUAGACGUCAUCUUCUGAAGGGAUCUGGCAAAGUUCCGAGGAUGACUACUGACGUGGGGAUGCGCCACUUCAUGGAGAACCCUCGCUUCUUAGGUGUUCCAACAGAGCCAGAGCAUUCCUCUUCAUCGAUACAGAUUUCCUUGCUAACACAUACAGAGCCUCGAGCGCAGAACUUCACAUCCACCCACACCUCGGAGAAUUCGGCCACAUCGUCAGCCCCCCCAAAUCUCAGCGUCAUCGAUACCAAGAAUCAGUCAGACGAUAAAGCAGAUCGGCCUCUCAAACGACCUCGAACGAUUAGAUUCGCGGAUUGAUACGGAGGCUUAUGUCGUAUGCAGCCAAGACGCAGACAUGAUGUGUUGCGCUGUGGUUAUUGAUUUUUUUGUGCUUACAUCGUUAUUCUUCACAUCGGCCUUUUGAGCUUGACUCCGGGAAAUUCCAUUAAUUGCAUCGGUGGGUGAGACA